AUGCCUCCGACACCGCUAAACCCACCAGACAAGGCGCAGGGGUGGGGGGGAUGGGCAGAGAUCCCGAGUCAUCUCAACCAAGUCACCGGUCAUGACCGGACUGCCCACUACCGCCAUAACUCACCACACAUGGACCUCCACAUCCUGCUGGUUCCUGCUUAUCCCUCCCUCAAUGCGGUUAAUCCACCUCUCAUUUCCAGACUCCUUUCAAUUCGUGUCGAGCUUGCUUUGGCAGGUUCGAACAGCUGUGCCGACACUAUUGCGCACCCAAAUAGACAGCGGCCUCAAACUUCCACAACAUCAGAGCAUCCGUCGCCGGCAGUUCAGCAACGUGGUCGAGCUCAUACUGGAGAGACGACCCACACGACCGUCGAGCGAUUCGACGCAAGUCAGUCCGGGAGAACCCAGUUAACGCCGUCUCUACCGACCAGAGGGUUUCUACCGUCACAACCAGAUAGCGCCAAUCAAGCGAUCGAAGGCGACACGCUCCCGCACCGUCCAUCCGCCUGGUCUCAUUUGGGACAGGGUUUGUCAGAAGCGGCGGUUUUGGACAGCCCUCUCCUGCAGCGCCAAGGAAUGGCAACCCAAGUGGUGCAGCGCCACCCUUUACAGAAUCCGUCAUCGUCAAUGGUUUAUCCAAACGACACGUCUGCAAUGUAUUCAACCUUGGAUCACAUGGCAGCAACACAAGCUUCAUACCGGCCAGUGGCCUAUCAACAACAAAUAUACAUGCCAUCGCCACAGGUCAUCUCACCGGACUUAAGGUACCACCGCCGGUCGUCCAACUCGCCACAGGCAGGCGUCGGCCUACCAGCAGCGGUACGAGACCGUACCCCAAUACGACACCAGAGGACCGGCGUGUCACGGAACCGCAGUCGCGGGCACGCCCGAGACGACAUGCUUCUUGCAUACACACCCGACCAGAAUCGACUCCUACAUUCGCAGUCUGCACCUGCGGUACCUGUAUCACAGGUUCACGGCGCCUCAUCAAUGGGAGCAGUGUACAACAUGCCUACGUUUGGAGCAGUGCCAUCACUCGGACCCUACCACGGCCAAGGAGGGUUUUUCGACUCCUCGAUGAUGCAACCUUCACGUCAUGACGAAACCCCCGACUUUUCAUUGACACCAGGCGAUGUACAAUCUUAUUACAUGAUGGGAGAAGGAUCUUCACACGGCUCGACAGUCGGCUUAUCGGGACCCAACUCACCCAGUCCCCUGUACAUGUCUGCGCAGUUAGCUCAACCGCAACAAGGAACCCCUUCAAUCCAAGGAAUGCCUCUACACGGAUACUCGAAUCUACCACUAACUCUCGAGUCGUCACCAGCCGAGCUGGAGGUGAUGCCGUCGCGACCGAAACCACAAUGCUGGGACCACGGAUGCAACGGACGACAGUUUUCCACGUUCAGUAACCUUCUACGCCACCAGAGAGAAAAGAGUGGAAGUGCGAUCAAAGCUACCUGUCCCCACUGUGGGACAGAGUUUACGAGAACCACGGCGCGAAAUGGACACAUGUCUGGAGGCAAAUGUAAAGGCAAGGCAGACGCAGAAGCGUCGAAUCUGGUAUAA